AUGUCCUCCACGCCGCCGGCCAUCGCGUCCCCCGCCUCCGAGCUCACCAAAUCCAAGAAGAAGAAGACCAAGUCCAAGGAUGCUCCCGCCGCCGACCCCGCCGUCGACGCGCCGUCGCUGGCGGAGGCGGAGGCCAAGACCGACGGCUUCAUGAUCAAGCCGCAGGCCCUCGUCCCCUCCCUCGACACCUCCACCUGGCCGCUCCUCCUCAAGAACUACGACCGCCUCAACGUCCGCACCGGCCACUACACGCCGCUCCCCUCCGGCCACUCGCCGCUCAAGCGCCCCAUCGCCGAGUACCUCCGCUACGGUGUCAUCAACCUCGACAAGCCCUCCAACCCGUCCUCCCACGAGGUGGUGGCCUGGAUCAAGCGCCUGCUCCGCGUCGAGAAGACGGGCCACAGCGGCACGCUCGACCCCAAGGUGACGGGCAACCUGAUCGUCUGCGUCGACCGCGCCACGCGCCUCGUCAAGUCGCAGCAGGGCGCCGGCAAGGAGUACGUCUGCAUCGCGCGCUUCCACGCCGCGGUCCCCGACACGGCCCGCGUCGCGCGCGCGCUCGAGUCCCUCACCGGCGCCGUGUUCCAGCGCCCGCCGCUCAUCUCCGCCGUCAAGCGCCAGCUCCGCGUGCGCACCAUCUACGAGAGCAAGCUCCUCGAGCACGACCCCGAGCGCCACCUCGCCGUCUUCUGGAUCUCGUGCGAGGCCGGGACCUACGUCCGGACCCUCUGCGUGCACCUCGGGCUGCUCCUCGGCGUCGGCGCGCAUAUGCAGGAGCUCCGCCGUGUGCGGUCGGGCAUCCUUGGGGAGCAGGACAACAUGGUCACCAUGCACGAUGUCAUGGACUCCAUGUGGGCGCUUGACAACCACAAGGACGAGUCUUACAUCAGGCGUGUUGUGAUGCCGCUUGAGGUGAUUCUGACGAGCUACAAGAGGCUUGUGGUGAAGGACUCUGCUGUCAAUGCUAUCUGCUAUGGUGCCAAGCUUAUGAUCCCUGGGUUGCUUCGGUUUGAGAAUGACAUUGAUGUUGGGGAGGAGGUGGUCCUCAUGACCACCAAGGGGGAGGCGAUUGCCAUUGGUAUCGCUGAGAUGCCCACUGCUGUUAUGGCGACUUGCGACCAUGGUGCUGUGGCCAAGAUCAAGAGGGUGGUCAUGGACAGGGACACGUACCCAAGGAAGUGGGGGCUUGGCCCGGUGGCGCUUAAGAAGAAGAAGAUGAUCGCUGAGGGCCUCCUUGAUAAGCAUGGCAAGCCAACUGACAAGACCCCAGAGGAGUGGCUUCGCAAUGUGGUGCUUCCUACAGGUGGUGAUGCUAUGAUUGCUAGCAUUGCGGCUGCUCCGGAGCCCGAGAAGGUGAAGGUGGAACAGCAGGAGGUGUUGGCAAGUGAGGACUUCAAGGAGAAGAAGAAGAAGAGGAAGACUGAUGAGGAUGAUGUAGCUGCAACACCUGCCAAAAAGAUCAAGGUUGAGGAGGAGGGCACUGAGGCUGUGGAAGAGGAGAAGAGUGAGAAGAAGAAGAAGAAAAAGAAGGACAAGGGAGAACCAGGAUCAGCUGUGAAGGAGGAGAAGGUCGAACUGUCUGAUGAGGAGAAGGGUACCAGUGAGAAGAAAAAGAAAAAGAAGAAGAGCAAGGAAGGCAGUGAUGUUGUUGCUGAACCAGAGAGUGCCGAAGCUGAGAAAAGUGAGAAGAAAAAGGACAAGAAAAAGAAGAAGAAAGAGGCAGAGGAGGCACAAUAGGUAGGCCGUUAGUUUACAUCAUUUCCUGGUGGUUAUUUGGUUGCAAUUAUGGGGGAGUUUGAACUACCUCUCUUGCUAUGUACCCCGUGCAAUCCUUUAUGGUUUGGAAGUCGUAGUGUACUAUCACUAGAUUACUGCCAUUCUACUGAAAUGCUAUGGUAAUUAGAGAGUUUUCCCAUUAAGUUUCUUGGACAAUGAGACCUGCUUUGCUGUAGUAUCUGUUAUCAGUUAAUGCAGUGAAUUUUGUGCUCAUAUUACCUUUUAAGUCAUUUGUACCGAAGUUUCUGGUUUGCCAA